GCACUGCGAGACUAUUUGCAAAAACACAACAACUUAUCGGAAAACAGCGAAAUACUUCAAAUUAAACGUUCAAAAUGACUCAGGACAUGCUGCUUGGCAACGAGGAACCGAGCAAAAGCAAGGAAACGUUCCUGGAGAAGUUCUGUCUGUUGGCCAAAGCAGCCACCUCGAAUGCCGCACUGCUCGACGUGAUUCGCCAGGCUCUGGAGGCUCCAAAUGUCUUUGUUUUCGGUGAAUUGCUGGCGGAGCCUUCUGUGGCGCAGCUCAAAGACUCAGAGGAUGCCAAGCACUUUGAGACACUGAAUCUGUUUGCAUAUGGAACGUACAAGGAUUACCGCUCCCAGCCCGAAAAAUACAUCGAACUUAGCCCGGCGAUGCAGAAAAAGUUGCAGCACCUUACCAUUGUCUCGCUGGCCAUUAAGGCCAAGAGCAUUCCCUACGCUCUGCUACUCAGCGAGCUGGAAAUAGAUAACGUUCGCCACCUUGAGGACAUCAUCAUUGAGGCCAUUUAUGCAGACAUCAUCCACGGGAAGCUGUUCCAGAAUACUCGAGUUCUGGAGGUGGACUACGCCCAGGGCCGGGACAUACCGCCCGGCUAUACCAGCCAGAUCGUGGAGACCCUUCAGGCCUGGGUCAACUCCUGUGACAGCGUCUCCAACUGCAUUGACAUGCAGAUUAAAUACGCCAAUGCCGAAAAGUCCAAGAGGAUUUUGAACAAGGAGCGAGUAGAACAAGAUCUUAUUAAUUUAAAAAAGGUACUGAAGAGCCAGGCAUCGGACAGUGACGAAAGCAUGCAAAUCGAUACUCACGGACCAGGAACCAGCGGCGGUCUGGGUCAAUCGGAGCUACGCAAGAAGCCCUCGAAGCUAAGGAAUCCACGCAGUGCGGCUGCAGUUGGCCUGAAGUUCAGCAAGUGAGUGGAGUCUUGUCGAGCGGAUGUGGGUGGAUGUGGCAGGGCGCCAGUCAGCUGCAAGGACGAGUGCAACACCACGUGGCACCCGAAAGGCGGAAUCUGCUCUGCACUGAUGGGGGGACGAGAACUUAUCACCUAAUAUAAUCACAGGAAAAUUCAUCUCAAUUUAAUAAACAAACGGCGGCUGCCAGCAGAAUGGAUUCCAUAAUUAGCAUCAAAUUGAUCAUGAAACCAAUAAUAAAUCAAAUCUUGUAAUAAUGAAAAUAUGAA